CACUAUAUAAAAAAGCUUGUACUUGAGAAUACUUGUGCAUGAAUGCUCAAAAUAUCGCCAACAAGGAAUCUGGUUUGACGAUAUACUGGUAGAAAUUAUAUACUGAUAUUUUACUGGAGGUUAAGCGAUAAUGAAGGUCUAUGCGUUGGCUUUGGUGAUCUUUUUUCUCUGCACUACGACUUUCGUCACGGCAAAGCCCUUUUUCCCUGGGCUUGGCUGCAACCCAAUCUGCCCCGCAAUAGGUUCCCCAGUUUGUGGAACAGAUGGGGAAGAGUACGGCAACAAAUGUUUAUUAGCUUAUGCCAGUUGUGUCUCUGGUGGAAUAAUUCAAGAGGCCAGACCAGAGUCAUGCGGAUUAGGCGGAAUAGGAUCUCCGUUGUUAUGGCUUUCGCGAUGAUAAUAUCUCAUAUCUGCAUGAUUAUGUAAUUCUUUAGCGAUGAUUUAAUAAAAAAUAGCGUGAAUCAUGCGUGUGCCUAUAU